GCUGCCACCCUUUGGGCUUGCAUUCGGUUUUCCACCGAGCUCAGCAGAAUUUUUGAAGAGCGGGGAAAGUUAUGAGCUCGCGUGCCGAGUGCCUACAGCGUCCUGCACGAUGCAGCGGGCACUUGGAAAACGAGACACUUUUGCCCAGCAGUUUCGUGCUGUAAUUUUCCCAUAGUGCCGAGAGAGAGGUGCAGGCACUGUCCCGCGCCUCUCUUCCAUCACCUCCUCGUUAUUAUCAUAACCUGUUUAUUUUACCCAUUUUGCUUUUUACGUGGAGCCAGCCCUGAAACCCCUUACUCAGAAAAACCUCCCAGUGACUUGGGAUGAUGUUUGCCCGGGAUAAUGUCUGCACGAUGCGGAUCCCUGAUGGUUCAGCGUUACAAUGAGCGUGCUGUCUCGGUACAAAAUUCAGUACCGUGUAUUCACAGCGCUGGAAACUUGGCUUUCUGCAGCAGGAUGCCCGCCUCCCUUGUUGACAGCUGCCUCCCAGAGAAGAAGGGAUGUACACUGAGGAUGGGCAUUAAUAUAACUGUUUUCUUUCAUAACAGCUGUGAGUUAGGUGACUAACUCUCUGUCUUGCAGGACUCCUAAUUUUUCUUCAGAUGUAUUCUAAAAAGACAUACAGUCUACAUGACUUCUUUCUGGCAAUUUAUAAGACACUGAGUAGUGAAUUGUAGGUGCUCUUCUUUUAGGGUUUUCAAAGGCUAUUACUGUACUUUGUUACUGGGAAAUAAUUUUGUGUUAACUGGUAUCAGAAGCUGCCACGAUCCACUAACACAAGCGGGAGUCUUGAGAGGUUUGUUUGAUCUCAGAGUGCAAAAAGGGCUCCAAGGGAUUUCAGUUUAAAUCGCAACAGCAAUGCACCUUUAUUUUAGUGCCAACAACAGGGGUUAUGUGAUAGAUGAGAGGGAGAGAGAGAGGGGGAUAAGUAGACAAAGUAGAAAGAAAAGAAGGGGGGUUAUAGCUACCAAUGGAUGAGACAGGGUUGCUGGUGUCUUCUUCCAUGGGGAGAUCUCUCUCAGAAAGUAACUUAGAAAGUCACUUUUAUAGUCUGCUUCAAAGCGAGGGGCAGUUGGCCAAGAGGUGGGGAAAUUCAUAGGCUAUUUUGAUGAGACCUGUUGCUCUGGGAAGCAGGUGUAAGGUACAGAACAGGCCGCUCUUCAUGAGUCCCUGCUCACCAGCAGGAGCAAAGGCAGUGUACCGUGGCAGCACAGCAAGCACACCUGCAAAGAAUCACUUGGCAAGCAUCCAUCUCAACCAGGUCAGAACCCCUGUACCAAGUCCCUUGGGGUCUUCAGGGUCUUAGUCUCUGUUCUUGCGAUGGACAUGAGGCAAAUGAGGGAAACAUGGAAUAUGAUGGAUGCUAUGAUACUUGAGUUUCCUUGCAUGCAGUCGCAUGGCUGAAACCCACAGUUCCCUGGAUGAACGUGUUCAUUCAUUUGCACGCACUUUCUUCUUUCUUUCUGUCUUGUUUUCUGCUGCACAAACCUUUUAACGCUGUAUUUAACAUUGCAUUAAACACCGUAACCCAAAAGAACCAAUAAAUCAGCUUUUAGGAUCAGCAGCUGGCAUUCUAGCUCAGGGGUUUUGUUCACAUCAUGGUAUCAUUUAUCACAUCCUCAUCAAUAUGAACCUUUAACUGGAAACUAAUAAUGGACUCUUUGUUUCUAAAGUUUCUGAAUGAAGAGUGAUAGGAGCACAAGAACUGGAUGAAUCACGCUUUUCCAUACAAAGCUUCCCAACUUAAAUUAUGCUUUUGGACCUCUAAGACAGUGUGGUAGCCAGAAGCUUAGAACCAUUUCUGAUGCUACUUGUGGUGAUGAGUAUUGCCAAAAUACCUGGGAUCAGCAUGAGUGAAGCUCCAGUUUCUUGACAAUCUUUAAGGGAGAAUACACCUCUAAAGCCUCAGAAUGACUGUCAGGGAGUUUCCACAAUGGAGAAGAGGGAAGGUGGUAAUUGUGCCAUUGAUCAGAAUACAGGUCAGAACAUCAUGCCAAGAAGAAAUACAGGAAAUCUUAACUACUUGAAUGUGGAUAUGCAGGUUGCCAAUCCAUCAGAAGCAGCUGCACUUUUUGAUUUACAUCAAGCACACCAUUUUGGUGAAUUUGAACACUCUUCAGAACAGCACUGCAAGCAGGAUCUGUUCCCUAAGUGGCACUUGCCAAUGAAGAUAGCAUCUGUGAUCUCAUUAUUAACAUUUAUUUACACGUCCAUGAGAGAUGUCAUAUAUCCUUUUAUAACCAGAAAGGAAAACGUUUUCUAUAAAAUUCCAAUCCUUGUCAUAAACAAAGUUUUACCGGUGACUUCAAUUACCCUUUUAGCACUAGUAUAUUUACCAGGAAUAUUAGCUGCUGGUUUCCAGCUGUACUUUGGCACCAAGUAUAAAAGGUUUCCCCAGUGGCUGGAUAGAUGGAUGUUAUCAAGGAAACAAUUUGGACUUCUCAGUUUCUUCUUUGCUACACUGCACGCCUGCUAUAGCCUGUGCUAUCCAGUGAGAAGAUCAUAUAGAUACAAGCUGCUGAACUGGGCAUUCCAGCAGGUCAAACAAAAAAAAGAAAAUGCCUGGAUUGAACAUGAUGUUUGGAGAAUGGAGAUUUAUGUGUCUCUAGGAAUUCUGGGACUUGCUUUGCUGGCUCUGUUGGCAAUAACAUCAAUUCCAUCCGUCAGUCACUCUUUGACCUGGAGAGAGUUCCACUACAUUCAGAGCAAGAUGGGAUAUUUAGCCCUGCUGCUAUGCACUGUUCAUGCACUGGUGUUUGCUUGGAAUAAGUGGGUUGAUGCUAACCAAUUCAUCUGGUAUACGCCGCCGUCAUUUAUGGUUGCAGUUUUUCUUCCUAUUGUAGUUCUGCUUUGUAAAUGCAUACUGCUCCUUCCAUGUUUUAGGAAGAAGAUAAGAAAAAUCAGAAGUGGUUGGGAAGCUAAGACACAAGUCAAUCGAACUAGCAUAACUUCCAGACUGUAGAUCAGAUAUGGACAUUUCCUGUCUAUGUAUGUAAAUAUGCUCAAGGCCAUGAUAUUUUCACUCAUGAGCUCUGUUUUCACAUUUGCUAUAGAUGUUUCUUUCUCACUUUUCUUUUUGACUUCAGCAGUAUGAGAUGCUUGAUGCAAUUUUGUCAUUUUCAAGGACAGAAAACAAAAACAUUCAUUUUAUACUUUAUUCAGUGUUCUGGUGUUUCAUGAUUUCUUUCUUCUGCCUCACUGCUUUUAAAAUCCAAGUGUUUCAUUUUCUCAAUCCCAGUUCUUUUGUAUGCAAAAGAAAACAUAAAUAAUUUCUCCAGGUGACCACAGAAUUUAAAAAAAUUAUUGCACCGCAGAGCCCAGGAAUGCUUUCUGCUUCACACAACCAUGUGUGUACCUUCAUUUAAUCUCAGAAUUAUAAUGGGACAAAAACUAGAGUAUCAUCCCAUUGCUUCUUAGCAUCUGCAGCCUGUGUUUCACUCUGCAGAAUGGGGACCUUGGCAUAUGAGCCAGACAGAAACUGUGUAUUCCUGCCAGGUUUUGAAUGUACACAAGUGGGCAAGCAGAACUACAGGGAUCUUUACGAAGUAAAUAUCUCCUGAGGCUUGGGCACAGUCUAAAAAAAGAGUUUUUAGACUCAGAUCUCCGUUUUAUCCAGGACUAGGUGUGUCUCUGUUUACUUGAAACGAUAAAACAUUUCCCAUUUUUUAUUCCAUGAACACAUUCUUUUGUUUCUGAUGCUGGAAAUUUUCCAUGCUUUUGACCUAAGCCUGCAGCCCUUGACAUGUGCUAAAGUUUAUUUGCACAAAUUAUUCCAGUGGGAUAACUCCAUCAGGUAAAUGUGUUAUUUUGUUUACUCUAGGGCUAGCACAAUUGUGUGACUGGAAGAAAAACAUUAAAAAUAGACAUUUGAAUCUUGCUAUUGAUUUGGUGAGAUUCUCAUGUUAAAUGGUUUCUAAGUGCAUUUGCUUUUACAGAAAUUUUCCUAAUAUCUUUAAUAUGCUCCUUAAAUCCUACUUUCCUUGUAUUGCAUAGGUCUGGUUGAAAGUUGUAAAUGAAUAAUUCAUUUGUUAGUAUCAGUUUUGAAAUAUGUUAUUCAGUAGUAAAUAUUUUCACCCAACAUUUCUGCCAAUCUGCCUGCAGAAGUUGACUGGGACAUGGACUGUUGAUGCCACCUAUUUCUGGAAUCCUCUGAAUGAGAGCUGUAAUUGGUAAUGGCUCUGGUAUUAAAAGAGGAAAACAACAUAUGCCUAAAAAAAUACAUGACGCUAAUGAAUCUGUUGUCCCUUUCUGGACUUUUGCACGGAGCAUAAAUAAAUAAGCAGAAAAAUUAAAUAGCUACAGGGAUAUUACAUUUUGUAUUUUCCUGGUUGUUAACAUUUAAUUAUUGCAACUUAAAAGUUGGCCUUUUUUAAAUUUGCACAUAUAAUACUGUGAAAGUAACUGGGGACAUGGUGGCCUGUAUAAUAUAGGUUGAAAUCUGUGGCAUUAUGUAUCAAACCAGUAAUACAUGGCAGAGGCCAGUACCCUUUAAUACAGGAAGCUGGACUGCAAUGUUAAUCUAAGUUUCUAACAGAGCAGGAAAAGUAUGGUGCUCAAUGUAUUUGCAUUUAUAUUUUUAUGAAUGAAAUAAAUCUUUUUUAAGUUUAAGCUCUAUGCACUUGUUACAGAUAGUAACAAGUAGUAGGUAGUGCAAGAUAGCAUACUUCAUUCAUUUCAACCAGUUAAUAUGGUUCGAAUUUAUAACAUAAAUUACAGGGGAAAAUCAAUUUCAAGAUCAUCACAUACUACCCAAACUGACCUUUUACACUCAUCAUUCAGCUGGGGACAUUAAGCACACUUCAGACUUUUCUCUCUAGCAUUGCCCAGAGGCAAACUCAGAAGUGUCUUCUUAAAUAUGAAAUUUACAUACAUUCUACAAAAGCUAUUAAAAAAAACCACACAUGACAUCGAAACUUUAAGCAUAUUUUUCCCUAUUGACUGUUUCAAGUAGGAGCCAAGCUUUCUGUGUCACAUCUAGCCCUUUCUCUAGAAGCUACCACUGGAUGCUUAUAGCCAGAACUUGAGACUUCAUAUUGAGUCUCUUCCCUACUUUGUAAGUCUUUUGCCAACUACAUAUCAGUAACUCAUUUCCCAGUCUGUAGGCUGCUCAGGGAAGUGGUUGACUCACUAUCCCUGGGGGUAUUUAAAAUACACAUAGAUGUGGUGCUUAGGGACAUGUUCUAGUGGUAGGCUUGGCAGUGUUAGAUUCAUAGUUGGACUUAACAUAAAUGAUACUAUGAUUUGUUCUUCAGGAAUCCAGAUACAACAGUGAGGGAGAUCUAUAUAGGGCUAAGAAGAAAAUGCCAUUGACAGUAUUUAUUUUCUCCAUUUGUAGCAGACAUGAUUUAGUUCAAUACUGAUGAAACUUAUUUAAUCUAUGUUUAUGUACCUGUUUCAAAAUUCAGUAUAUUAAUAGGCCUAUAUAUUAUUGUAAUACAUUAAUUGAAUGUGUGUGCACAUUUUAGGCACUUAUUUGUAUAACACUAAUUAGUUUUAUAAAACUGUGCAUCAUUAAAUGCUUCAAUGUAUGCUGUAUCUGCCAUUGUGUCAUAUACAUCCAAUGUCAAAGGGUAAAAAGGCACACUAUACUCUAGAAGAGCUGGUGAUAUAAACAGUCAUGGGGAACCAUUUUCUUCUUGCUAGUGAAGAGCCUGGAACCUCCAAAGGAAAGAAAACAAAGAUGUAAAAGCAAAAUGAACACUUUCAUAGCAUAAUGAAAUUGCAUUUUUCUUGGUGGAACCUUUAACUGUAUGUAAUAGCAUCCAGAGGUUUUGUGAGAAGGAAAGAAGGCUUUGGAAGGAUACCCAAGAUCCCUGGAAAUACUGAUCAAAGAACAAGAAAAGUUCAAGAAUAGCAAGGGCAUUGAGGAAAUGCAUGUAUGGGCAUAUUUUUGUGUAGGAAUCCAUCAUUCUAGAGGCAAUGGCUUUAAAAUGUCUCUACAAGGCCUGAAAAGUACUUUUUUUCUGUUGUUACAUGUCUCCAAUGUAUUUGAAAGACACAGAAUUGAAACUUUGGAGAUACUAAUUCCUAAAGGGGCCUAAGGAAUUUUAUGCCAAAUUCAUUUGGAGAGGUCUCAUCCAGAAUACUUUGACUGAGAAGUGAUAGUUCAUUGUUCAGGAAGCUAGAGCCAGGGCUGUGUUGGCUAUUGUGUAAUGCAAAUUUCUGUUCACAGCAGCAUUUACUGUAAGCAGUCCCUCCCUUUGGCCACUCUUCUCUGUUCUCUCAGUGCUGAAGUCUUGAAAGAUGUGAGGUUCAUCAGAGUGGGGCAUUGGAUCCAGUUGAAAAGUAAUGCAGAGAGAAGAAUGAUUGAGCCAGAUCCACUCAUGUGUCUGAUUGAGCUGACAGCCGUGCACAUAUGUCAGUAGGAAGGACAGGAAGAGGAAUGGUGUAAACAGGCAGUUUAACUUAAACCAGCCCUAAAUGAAAGGUUCCAAGCGCUCCUAAAAGUUAAAACUUAAAUUAUUUCAUCCUAUUUCAGUAGCAAGAAUGUUCCCUUGCUUCACUUUUUUUGUCAUGUUCUUAAUUUUCCAUGAAUCAGUGGGCAAAAAUGUGUUCUAGAAAUUGUCAUCAAAACCUGUAUGACCUCUACUUGACUGUGGGCUUUGUGGUUUCAUUUGGACAGAUGAUGAUCUCACAUCUCCUCUUAUUUCCUACACCCAUAGUUUCUAGUACUGUCCCUUAACCAUUUUUUAAAUUCAAAAUAAUUUAUUUUAAACUUAAUUUUUUUAAAUGGCAUGAAAGGAAUAAUUCAAAACAAAACAAAAAGACCAAUUUUUGAAAACACACUGGAUCCACUUCUGAAGAAUGUAAUCUGCUGUAGUUGCUGUAAAUGUCUGGCCAUGGUUGAUCAUUGCCACUGAUGUUUUUUCAGUAAUGCCAGAGUUUCAUCAUCCCAUGAGUAUAUUCUGUUGCUGAUGGCAAAAUUAUUUUCUUGUUAUUUCUUUUAUUAAAACAAGUCUCAAUUCAAUUGCACCAGGGUUCAGUUUUUGCAUAAUUUUUUGAACUUUUCUGUAGAUUAAAUUUAACAUUUGAAUGGGUGAAAUGAGGCUAAUUUAUUAAGUAGGCAUAAGUUUUCAGAGUUUUUCAGCUGAAGAUACAUAAAACCAAUUCACAAACCAAACUCUAAAAACAUAAAAAAUACCACAGCUUCUUUCAAUAAAGAUGAUACAACAGAAA